UCAAAAUCUUCUUCCAACACACCUGCAGCGCUCCAUGAUGAUGAUUAAGCAAUCACCAUUCUUGCUUUUAACAGCAAUCUUCUUGUUCACAGUUUUUGUUUUCGCAGAAGCACUUGAUCCUGCACCUGAAGACCCCGUUUUCGAACUCUACAUGCACGACAUACUUGGAGGAGGCAGCCCCACAGCGAGGCCCAUCACGGGUUUGCUCGGCAACAUAUACAACGGUCAAGUUCCUUUCGCAAAGCAGAUUGGUUUCACUCCUCCAGAAAACGGUAUAGCCAUACCCAAUGCAAACGGUGCACUCCCAACGGUUAACGGUAUCAACGGUGUACCUCUCGGGACAGGCUUGUCUGGUACAGCUUACUCUGGUCAGAACCUGAACGGGAUCCAGACUCAGCUAGGUCCUGAUGGUCUGAGUCUCGGGUUUGGUACCAUAACCGUGAUCGAUGACAUACUCACAUCUGGUCCUGACUUGGGUUCUCAGCCGCUUGGUAAGGCCCAAGGAGUUUAUGUUGCAAGCUCUGGAGAUGGAAGCACACAGAUGAUGGCUUUCACAGCUAUGCUUGAAGGUGGAGAGUACAAUGACAACCUCAACUUCUACGGAAUUUACAGGAUAGGAAGCGCCAUGUCGCAUCUGUCAGUGACUGGAGGAACAGGUAGGUUCAAGAAUGCUUGUGGGUUUGCAGAGGUCAGGCCAUUGAUUCCAUCUGGUCAACAUUUUGUGGACGGAGCAGAGUCUUUGCUGAGGAUCAUUGUCCAUCUUAAGUACUAAACAAAACAAUAAAGGAGCCUUACAUAAAGACUUUAAGAAAAUUGUGCAUGUCUGUAUGUGUCUGAAUGUUCUUGUUUUGUUGUUGUAUGUAAA